CCGCCGCGCUGCCGUCGGGACCGGAGCCCGGCCUGGGGCGGCCCGGAGCCAUGGCGGAGGGCGAGGAGCUGCAGACUUUCACCUCCAUCAUGGAUGCGCUCGUCCGGAUCAGUACCAGCAUGAAGAACAUAGAGCGGGAGCUGAUCUGCCCUGUCUGCAAGGAGAUGUACAAGCAGCCACUGGCCCUGCCCUGCAUGCACAACGUCUGCCACAUCUGUGCCAGUGAGAUCCUCGUGCAGCAUGGCUACAUCUGCUGCGACCCCAGUUCGGAGCCCACCUCUCCUGCCUCCACGCCGGCCACCCGCAGCCCCCGCAUGGGCCGCAGGGUCGUCCCCAAACCCGACCGCCUGGAUCGGCUCCUCAAGUCAGGAUUUGGCACCUACCCGGGCCGGAAGCGGGGGGGCAUGCACCCCCAGACCAUCAGCUUCCCGUGCCCGGCCUGCCAGCGGGACGUGGACCUGGGUGAGCGGGGCCUGGGCAAUCUGUUCCGGAACCUGACGCUGGAGCGGAUCGUGGAGCGGUACCGCCAGACCAUCAACAUCAGCACCGCCAUCAUGUGCCAGUUCUGCAAACCCCCCCAGCUGGAGGCUACCAAGGGCUGCACCGAGUGCAAGUCGAGCUUCUGCAACGAGUGCUUCAAACUCUACCACCCCUGGGGCACCCAGAAGGCCCAGCACGAGCCCACGCCACCCACCCUCACCUUCCGGCCCAAGGGUCUGAUGUGUCCGGAGCACAAGGAGGAGGUGACUCACUACUGCAAGACCUGCCAGCGGCUGGUGUGCCAGUUGUGCCGUGUACGCCGUGCUCACGCCAGCCACAAGGUCACACCUGUGCUCAGUGCCUACCAGGCACUGCGGGAGAAGCUGACGAAGAGCCUCGCCUACAUCCUGAGCAGCCAGGACACAGUGCAGUUGCAAAUUGCGGAGCUGGAGGAGACAGUGAAGCACACUGAGGUGAAUGGGUCCCAGGCCAAGGAAGAGGUUUCCCAGCUGAUACGGGGCCUGUGCACGGUGCUGGAGGAGAAGCAGGCGGCCCUGCUGCAGGCCAUCCAGGAGUCCCAGCAGGAGCGGCUGGCCAGCCUGCACCACCAGGUCCAGGAGCACCGGGCCAUGCUGGAGAACUCGGGCAUGGUGGGCUAUGCCCAGGAGGUGCUGAAGGAGACUGACCACCCCUGCUUUGUCCAGGCAGCCAAGCAGCUGCACAGCAGGAUCGUCAGGGCCACAGACUCGCUGCAGAGCUUCCGGCCUGCCGCUACUUCGUCCUUCAGCCGCUUCCAGCUGGACCUCAGCCGAGAGAUGAAGCUGCUCACGGACCUGACCUUUAUCAAAGCCCCCGAGGCGCCGGUGAUCGACACGCAGCGCACCUACGCCUACGACCAGAUCUUCCUGUGCUGGCGCCUGCCCCAGCACUCGCCGCCCGCCUGGCACUUCACCGUGGAGUUCCGCAAGAGCGACAGCAAGGCCAAGGCACUCAAGCUGUGGCAGCGGCGCGAGGAGGUGCGGGGCACCAGCACCCUGGUGGAGUACCUGGACACAGACAGCGUCUACGUGCUGAGAGUCAAGGGCUGCAACAAGGCCGGCUUCGGGGAGUACAGCGAAGAUAUCUACCUGCACACGCCGCCCGCACCAGUCCUGAACUUCUUCCUCGACAACCGCUGGGGCUUCAACCGGGAGCGCCUGGCCAUCAGCAAGGACCAGCGGGCCGUGCGCAGCGUGCCUGGCCUGCCCAUGCUCUUCGCCGCCGAGCGCCUCAUGACUAGCUGCCACCUCUCCAUCGACCUGCUCAUCGGCGACGUGGCCGUCACGCAGGGCCGGAGUUACUGGGCCUGCUGCGUGGACCCCAGCUCCUACCUGGUCAAGGUGGGGGUGGGGCUGGAGAGCAAGCUGCAGGAGUGGUUCCAGGUGCCGCAGGAGGUGGUGAGCCCCAGGUACGACCCAGACAGCGGGCACGACAGCGGGGCGGAGGACGCCACCGUGGACGCGCCCCCCCCAUACGCCUUCCUGACCAUCGGCAUGGGCAAGAUCCUGCUGUCCCACGGCUCGGCCCUCACCUCCCGCGACCCCAGCGGCUGCACCAUCCCCCUGCCCCCCCGCAUCGGCAUCUGCCUGGACUACGAGCGGGGCAAGGUGACCUUCUACGACGCCGUCUCCUUCCGCGGCCUGUGGGAGUGCAGCGUGGACUGCUCGGGCCCCGUCUGCCCGGCCUUCUGCUUCAUCGGGGGCGGGGCCCUGCAGCUGCAGGAGCUGGUGGCCAGCAAGCAGGAGCGCAAAGUGACCAUCGGGGGCCUCUCCAAGCUGGACUGAGCCGGCCCCUGGCACACACCGCCUGGGGCUCGACCUCGGGCCAGCUGCCGGCAGUGGGAUUGUGUGCUGCGGACAUGCCGCCAGGGGGAGCCGCCCGAGCCCUGCCCUCCGACCGGCGAGGGACCAGCUCUGGGGAGCGCUGAGCUCCAGCCUGCGGGGUUAACGAGGGGGCCACAGAGCUGGGGAGGAGAGUGAGGCUCUGACAUGGGGCCGGUUUAGGGCCUCAGUCCCCAGGCCCGGAGCGCAGGCUACAGUGACAGCAGAAGGGCGGCGUAGGGCAGACCCCUGCCAGCGUGGGCCCCAGCCCUGAGCUGAGGCCUCGGGAGCCAGGAGAGCCCGGCUCUCCUCCCCCGCGUCUCCAUGCUGGGCUUGUGAAUCCUUCCUGUUCUGUUGGAUUGUGAGGGGAGGGUUUGGGCCACACUGCUCCACUUUGGUCCCCCCCCCAGCUCCUCCCCACAGCCUGCCAGCGUUUCACCUGGGAGUCUGA